AUGCAUAGUCACUCAUUCAAUCUUUUGUCGGCUCUGCUGCUGGCCUCCACAGCAGCCGCCUCGGGCAGCUACGGCCCACCAGGCAAUGUCGAGGUCCCAGUUGUGACGGUGGUUGUCAAGAGCACAAUCACCACUUGCACGCUACCAAAGACGCCUCCACCACCAUGCUCCAGCAAAGCUAGCACUCAGGGUGGCUAUAGCGGUGUUACCACAUCUUCUGGAGGCAGCAACACCAGCAAAUACGGUGGUUACAACUCUACGGUCACACUGACGUCAAAGCCAACUGGACCCUCGGGCGUCUCAACCAUCAGGACGAGCCCCGGUUAUGGUAACGGGACAACCAUCAGGACAAGUACUACUACCGGCACAUCUACCUCGACCUCGGCCAGUUCGACUUCGACCAGCACGCCACUGCCAGGUUGCGGCAGCGAUUCGUACUGGCUGGCCAACAUCAAGCAUCAAGGGUUUGCCCCUUAUGCGCCCAACCCGUCCAACUACACCGUCUUCCGCAGCGUCAAGGAAUUUGGCGCCAAGGGUGAUGGCAAGACAGACGACACAGCAGCCAUCAACCGCGCGAUCAGCGAGGGAGGUCGCUGUGGUCCGGGAUCGUGCAACUCUACCACCACCACUCCUGGACUCAUCUACUUUCCUCCGGGUACCUACCGCAUCACGUCUCCGAUCAUCAACUACUACUUCACUCAGAUCUAUGGCAGCCCGCUUUGCAUGCCAGUCAUCAAGCCGAGUGCCAACUUUACCGGCGCAUGGGUUCUCGACGCGAACCAGUAUCAAGCCGGCGGUAUCCUGGGAUGGGGCUCCACCAACGUCUUCUGGAGGCAGGUUCGCAACUUGGUCAUUGACAUGACGGAUCUUCCAGUCGCCGCCGAUGUGGCCGGAAUCCAUUGGCCGUCCUCGCAGGCUACCAGCCUGCAGAACAUCCAUGUCAAGAUGGCCAAGGGAACUCAGACCAAGCACUUUGGCAUGUUUAUCGAGGAGGGAUCCGGCGGUUACCUUGGCGAUAUGGUGUUUGAGGGUGGUCUGGAUGGCAUGCGUGUCGGAAACCAACAGUUCACCAUGCGUAACCUAACUUUUAUUGGCGCUCAGACUGCCAUCAAUCAGCUUUGGAGCUGGGGAUGGACCUACUCGGGCAUCACCAUCAAAGAUUGCAAGGUCGGACUGAACAUUUCCAACUCUGCCGUGGGAUCAGUCGUAUUGAUCGACUCGGAGAUCAUCAACACCCCGAUUGGAGUCGUGACCAGCCGCAAGCCCCCAGGACAGGAGAACAACCCAGCACAGUCAAACACGCUGAUGCUGGAGAACAUCCGUCUGUCGAAUGUGCCCACUGCCAUCAGCGGCCCCAACAACAGUGUCCUUCUCGCCGGCUCGGCAUCGUCCACCACAAUCGCCGGAUGGGGUCAGGGUAACCGCUACACUGCUUCGAGCGGCCCGACUGCCUUCCAAGGCCAAACCACACCCUUCUCCCGCCCUGCAGCUCUGACCUCUGGAACCAACUUUUAUGAGCGUUCUAGGCCCUCGUACGCCGAGGUACCCGCCUCGCAGUUUGUGUCGGUCAAGUCGGAGGGCGCCAAGGGAGACGGCAAGACUGACGACACGGCAGCUAUCAUCGCUGCUGUUAACAAAGCUAGUUCCUCCAAGAAGGUCCUCUUUUUCGACUACGGCAUGUACGUCGUCACGUCAACCAUUUACAUCCCUGCCGGCAUGCGCAUCACAGGCGAGGCCCUCCCCGUCAUCAUCUCUCAGGGUGACUUCUUCAACUCAAUGUCGUCGCCCAAGCCCGUCGUGCAGGUCGGCAAGCCAGGUGAAACCGGCGCGGCUGUCGAGUGGUCCGAUAUGGUGGUCUCGACACGCGGACAGCAGAUGGGUGCCAUCCUCAUCGAGUGGAACCUGGCAUCCACCACCCCAUCGGGCAUGUGGGACGUUCACACCCGCAUCGGUGGCUUCGCCGGCUCCAACCUGUCGGCGGCAGAAUGCCCCAAGACCCCUGCCACCAAGAUCGAUUCCAACAACCUCGACAAGAAGUGCAUCGCCGCCUUUAUGUCGAUGCACAUCGCCGCUUCUGCAUCGAACCUGCUGAAUGAGAACUGUUGGUUGUGGGUUGCGGACCACGACGCCGAGCGCGACGCCGGUCUCGUGCAAAUCACCGUCUAUGCCGGACGUGGCCUGCUCGUGGAGAGCAAGGAAGGCAAGAUCUGGCUUUGGGGCACGGGCGUCGAGCACCAUCAGAUGUACGAGUACCAGUUCGUCUCGACGCAAAACAUCUUUGCCGGCCAGGUGCAGACGGAGACGGCCUACUAUCAGCCCAACCCCGACGCGACGCUCCCCUUCCCCGUCGACAGCAAGUUCUCGGACCCGACGUUUGAGAAGGGUCAGAGUGGCUGGGGUUUCCGGGCCGUUGACAGCAAGGAGAUCUUGGUGUACGGCGCGGGGCUCUACAGCUUCUUUGACAACUACAACGUUACCUGCGCACAGGAGGGCCAGGGCCAGACCUGCCAGUCUAGGAUCAUGGAUGUGGAGAACAGUCCUGGCGUCAAGUUGUACAACCUCAACACUGUCGGUAUAGGGUCGCAGAUAACGCUGAAUGGAAGGGAUGUUGCGCGAUGGCAGGAUAACAAGAAUGGGUUCGUCAACACGGUGGCUGUCUUUACUUCCUGA